GUACCACUUUUUCCUUCGUAGGGGUCGCGUACUAAAUGAACGACGUUAGCCCAGGACCUUCUAGUUAGUAAAUCGCAAUUAUAUCCGGCAUUUGCAAAUUAUCGUAAUGUGAUGAUACCAAGACAAAAUCUAUUACAUAUCAAAGCAGUGCAUGUGUGUGGAAAAAUAUGUGUAGUUUAUAGGAGUUGUGCUUCAAGAGAAAUUUAUAAAUCGAAGAUUCAAGGAUAAAUUCAAAAUAAUUUACAAGUAACUAGUAAAAAAUUUAGUCAUGUUGAGCAAUUUCGUAAAGUCAAUGGUUCACUGCAAGAAGCAAAGUCGCGCAAGAGAUAAGAAAACAAACAUUGAAGAGAUAAAAAUAUCAUCCGCUAUCUGUAAAGAAGAAUAUUUAACCGACAGAAGUUUAUCGAUUUUGAUCGAUAGGCAUCCUGAUUCGGAUGUUGUGGAUAAUGUUUGUCUGCGGCAGAAUAAGCACGUCGAUGCCAGGACAUCGAAUUCUUCUAGGUCACAGGACUCAUAUGUUCUGGUAGCACAAGAAGAAAUGCCUGUUAUAUUGAACGAUGCAAAUUGGGAAUACGUGGAUUAUCACGAUAUCACUAAAAGUAUACGAAAUAAUAGCGCUGAAAAAAAACACUGCAGUCCCAAAUGCAGUAACACAUGGUUUCUAAGAAUCCGCCGCGAGAUUUUGAAGAAUUGCCGUAAUAAAAUUUAUCCACUGACAAAUGGGACUAAGAAAAGGAAAAUGGCGCAUUUUGAAAAACUGGACGAGAAUCAUCCUUACUAUGCGAUCGCCGCUUUACGAAUGUCUCAAAAACCAGAAGCGAAAGAAGUGACCGUCGCGAGAUUCUAUUGGAAAUUUGCGGCGCACAACUUUCUUAAUAAAAGGAUACAAGAAUCAGAUGGCGGCUUUUUUGAAAAUCUCGGCACGCUACUUGCAGAAAAAGCUCGCGCCCAGGAACAAGAAGAAAGACCGCUUUCAAAGAAAAAAGAUGAAGCACAGGAAGAAGAAGAAAUCUUGAUUGAGGAAGAAAGCAUCGAGGAACCAACUGAGGCCUUGCUGGAAACUGACAGUGACAGAGACGAAGAUGAGCAUGCUCGAAAUUUCUUGGCCGAAUCGAUGGGCUUAAAUAUCGAAGAGCUCUAUACAGCGCUAGUGUAUAUGACACAACAUCAAAUUGGCUUCGAUGUUACUAAAGAAUGUAGCCAAGAAACUCUUUUGAAUCAUUUACAAAAUGCCUUCAAAGUUGAUAAUAAAACACACGAGAGAGUAUUGGAACAAAUGCGAAAUCUUGAGCCACCAGAAUUACAUCUUAACAUUGAAAUAAUCGAAGCUAGAGAACUAGUCUCUAAAGAUUCUAAUGGCAAGAGUGAUCCUUUCUGUGCCCUUUAUCUCGAAUCAGCACCUACCAAAAGGUACACUACUGCCGUGAAGACAUGUACAUUAAGUCCAAUCUGGGAAGAGCACUUUGAAUUGCCAUUGGAGGAUCCUGAAAAUGAUAUCUUGUCUCUCGAAGUAUGGGAUUUUGAUCCUGCCGAAACUGUGCCUGAAAAAAUAAGUAAAGUUAAAGACAUUAAAGGUGCUCGUGGCUUAUUAAAAUUAGCCAAAGAAAUUGCAGUAACGGCUACACAUGGUAGUCACAAUAAUGAAUUCAUUGGACGAUGUCGGAUACCGUUGAAGGAUAUACCAACAACGGGUCAUACUAUGUGGUACUCUCUAGACAAGAAAAACAAGUCCAAACGUCGUGGCGUCAUAAAGCUCCGACUGGCCUUCAGCGCGGAACAUAAUGCACAAGUGGCCGCACAAGAACACCGGCACCUGCUAAGAGUGCUUCUGCUUCAUGAGAUUGAAACGGAAAAAAUCGAAAAGUACUGUUGGUGUGGUCGUUGGUCAGGACCUGCCGAAGCGCUCAUUCUUCAACAUAGCGCACAACGUGGCUUACUAGCCAGAAAUGUCGCCCUGGCACAAUGGGUCGAAUACGCAAGAAUCCACGAGGAGCAUCCAUUAAGUUUUACAGUCUUUAAUAAGAUUAUAGCAAACAGUUUGUUCAGACCAAUAGACAGCGGUCUGUUCUCCAUUGAGGAAAUUAAACUCUUCUGGAAAGCUACGAAGAAAGUUGUAUUUUCAUGCUUAAACAGCAUACGAAAAAUCAGAAAAUUGAUUUUGGGAGACAAAAAUACGAUAAUACAAUUAACUUGCAUGUUAAGGGUACUGUCAGCUGUAUCCUCUCUGAAAAUUCCUGAAGAUGUCAAUCUCUUUCCUGCCAAGAUGUACUUUUGGUUCCCUGAAACUGAUGAUUUAAAAGUAGACAUACUCCAAGGUUUGGAAUACACUAUUACACAAAGUUGCGCUGAAUGGUUUGAACAUAUACUAAGCAAUAAUACGCCUGAGACAGAAUCGGAUGAAGACGCGCUUAGAUAUCAUAUUAAAGUAAUUCAAUUGAUUAGAGCAGAUUUACAGAAAGCUAUUGAUUAUUAUCACAAUCUAUUCAUAAAGGAAAUCAACGUUCCAUACGCAAGAGUGAUGUAUAUUGCGUAUGAAAAGAGAAUCAGUGAUAUGUGCACGAUCAUUAUAGAGGACGUGUGCGCCAGAUUGAAACGAAUUGAAGUUGAUAGCACUGACAAUGCGGAAUUGAGCUUGGGCACGACUCUAUUCGAGCUUUACCUUACGCUUCAAAGAUACGCCAAACUUGGCCAGGGACUUUGUGCCGAAGGAGAGCUAGAGAAUAUGAAGAUACAAAAUUAUUACGAUUGGUUCAAGGGCGGUGUCGCGCAUUGGCUGGAAAUCGCAGUGUAUAAAGCACUUCAACGCAUCGACAGAGCAGUCGAAAUUGAUACUUUGCAAGCAGUUUCCAGCACCGUUCAGUAUAGUUCAAGCGCUGUAGAUACAUUGACGACAUUCUAUCAAAUUAAAGUUUUUUGGACGCAGCUAGCGUGGCCUGACGUUGAAGGUUCCUAUACAUUCAUAGCGAGAAUUAUUGACGACAUUUGUAAAUGUUCCAUAGCAUAUGCUGAUAAAAUGGCAGCAAAAGCGGAGAUGACAACGGAAUUAGAGCAACUCUCGCAAAGUAGCGUCUACGAAAAAAGAUUUGCAAUAUCGACGGCCUGGUGCUUUGCUAUUAAUAAUAUCGAUUAUAUCAGAACGUCGAUAGCACCGCUGGCUAUGGACUUGGGAUUAGAGAAAAUUAUAGAUGCUUUAGGAGAGCACAAGACUCACGAGGAGGCUGCUCGUUGCCGACAGACUCUUCAGCUUAUCAUUGACAACGCCACAGAUACUGUGAGGAACAAGAUCAUAGAGUUGUUGGAAAUUGUAGCCAACAAAAUGGCUCCUGCAAUGAAUAGAUAUCUCAAGGAGGGUGCCGAAUUAAUUGACACGACCAGCAACGCGAUGGAUCGUCUGCUACAGUAUUUGGACAAUAAUCUGGAAACUUUACAUAAUAAUCUCAACGAGGACAACUUUAACAGAGUUCUCCUAGUGAUUUGGGAAAUUAUAUCGCAAACGUUGUAUGAGUUAGUCAAUAUCAAUUUAGAAAAACGACGACCACCAGCAUUCUAUUCGAACUUAGAUAAAACUCUCCAAACACUCAUCAAAUUCUUUAAUCUCGGAGCCGAUGAAACAACAAAUAUGCAAGUUUUAGAGAAAAUCAAACGUCUCUUAAAAUUACAUGGACUCGAAACUGCCGAGCUCAUACAUCGUUAUCAUCAGGAACGCAUGGAGGAACAGAAGAAAAUGGAAGAAUCCGUUUAUGGUCUUGUCAGCCUCAAAGCAUAUUUCCUUGAUAAUUCAUUGAACAUACAGAUUUUAAACGCUAGAAAUCUCCGUUGCACAGAUAGCAAUGGCCAUUUUAUAAGCAAGCUGUCUACUCUCGAGCGUAAACUGCAUUCAAAAUCUAAACAAAGAGUCAAAGAAGGGAAGACAAGAAAGUGUGAUUCCUACGUGAAGAUCAAAUUACUGCCUGAGGAAAAAUUUGUCGAGAUCAAAGCGCCAAAGACGCACGUGCAGAAGGAUACGCAAUUUCCCCUUUUUGAUGAAACAUUUAACAUUCCUCUUACUCCGGAACAAAGAGCCAUAGAGAAUGCUAUAGUGGCAUUUGAGGUAAAAGACAAGGACUUUCUUAGAGCAAGAUUUAUGGCUGAAGCUUUCCUACCGUUCAAUGAGAUUCCUGAUACUGAACCAGAAACUGGCUUCGAAACCUUAAAUCAAAUUCAUUUGAAACUUUCUCGACCGACCAAAAAAGAUAUGGAUAUCAUUCGCGCAUUGGAGCAUCGAAGAGGAGACAAUCAGGCGAUGGACUUCAUUUCAAGACUUAAUACCAAGGCCAAUUCUAAAUGAUCCACUUGGAGCUUCAACUUCAACAUUGAUUUACGUUUGGACAAUUUUCGAAAAUACGCAAUGCAAAAUAUAUUCACACAACUCAGUCUAUACAAGACAUGGCGAUGUUAGUAUGUCAGCGUUGCUUUAUCGAAAGUCGUUGUGAAUAUUUCUUGAUAAAUAUCAGAUAAAGAUAAGUAUCAGUCAUCGUGUUAUUAUACAUUCCAUAACACGAUGCUCACAAAUGUCUUAAGGCUGUGCAUAGUUUCGAUGGUUUUUAUACUUUCGAAAGAAUUAUUAUAUAACGCAUUUCGAAACUUUAAACCGAAAACUGUAAGGCUGAGUAAGUGCUACUUAUAGAGAGAACUGUAAUUGUAUUUAUUAUAAACAGAUAAUUAAGCAUGUGUCAACGACUAUAUAUACUCAGAAAUACUUUUGUAAUAUAACUUACAAUUAAGCGAUAUACAUAACUUAUACUUGCAAUGUAACAGAAAUUUGAAAAUGUCUUUUAUAUUGUAUAUGUGUAAUAGUGUUGAUACACUCAACAAAUGGAGCAUGUACAUACAUAAAUCCUAAUAAUAUAUAAAUGAUUAAAUAAUUGAUGUUAUAAUUGUUCAAUCAUCAAUGUCAUAUAUGAGAUUGUUUUUAUCAAGUAAAUAUAGUUUUAUUGUUAAUAUUUUUGUUUGUAGUAUAUACACUUAUAUUGAAUCUAAGUUAAAUAAAUUUUUGCAUUGAAACAAA